AUGUCGCACCUUCAAUACUUCGACUAUCCUGGCUUCGGCGAGCGAUCCAAGCGGGAUCUUAAUUACAGCCAGGCAGUUCGCAUCGACAAUCGUAUCGAGCUAUCCGGUCAAGGUGGCUGGGAUCGCACAACAGAGGAAUAUCCUGAUGAUCUCUCGAAAGAGGUGGACCAAGCCUUUGACAACGUUGAACAUGCUAUUCGUCAGGCUGGUGGGAAGGGCUGGGACCAGGUCUAUAAAACGCGCAUCCACGUCACCGUGCCAAUCGAUGAGAUUGCGGAGCCGAUUAUUCGCAAUGUGAAGGAAAGAUGCAAGAAGCACGGACCGCUUAUGACAGUCGUGCAGGUCGUGGGUUUAUACAAGACGAUGAAGAUCGAGAUAGAAGCGGAGGCGCACUUGGGCUGA